AUGGCCGCCGAGUUUCUCGGCUCUCAUGGCAUUGAUCUGGACGCUGAGAUGGCUCGUAUUCAGAGUGAAGCCGCUUCCCCACAAGGUACCGGCGCCUCUGUCCCUCAGGAAGGGAAAGUUUUCUCUGGCUUUCGCAACGUCUGUCUCCCGAACACAGCGGCCGACACUCGGUGGGCCGUGACCAUUGAGGGUGGACAAAUCGGCCAGAUUUCCCAGCAUAGUGCAGAGGUAUCAUCACAUCCCUCGUAUGCGGAUGGCAAAGGAGCGCUCCUUGCACCCAGCCUGUGCCACCCGCAUGUGCACAUCGACAAAGCGUUCUUGCUCUCUCAUCCAAAGUAUGCACAUCUCCAGAUCGAAAAGGGCGACUUCCAGGAGGCGAUGGCAUUGACCGGAGAGGCGAAGAAAGACUUCGAAGAAUUGGACCUGCUCGAGCGUGGUCAAAGACUAAUCGACGAGAGCGUGGAAGCCGGGGUAACGCACAUGCGAGCUUUCGUUGAGCUCGACGCCGUAGUCGGGAUGAAGUGUCUCGACGCUGGCAUCAAGCUGAAGCGGGAGACGAAGGCUGAAGGGAGGUGUAUGGUCCAACUGUGUGCUUUUGCGCAGUUGCCGCUGUUUACCUCUACGGAAAGGGAUGGAGGCGAGAAGAUUCGAGGGCUCAUGCAAGAAGCCGCGAGAAACCCUGAUGUCGAUGUUCUGGGGAGUACGCCGUACGUCGAGGCUGAUAGACAGAAGAUGGAGCAGAACGUUCGGUGGAUGGUUGACCUGACUGGCGAAAACGGAAAACAUCUCGACUUCCACCUGGACUAUCAUCUUGAUCCAGAGGGUGAGCCAAUGGUGCCGUACGUUCUUCGAACUUUGAAAGAGUCGAGCUGGAAGGAAAAGGCAAAGGAGAAGACGGUGGUGCUGGGGCAUUGCACCCGAUUGACACUCUUCGAGGAAGAUGAGCUCAAGAGUAUGAAAGAAGAUGUUCUUGACUUACCCAUCUCCUUCGUCGGCCUGCCCACCAGCGACCUGUUCAUGAUGAGGUCUGAGCAGAAGAAUCGUCCAACGCUGAAUAUCCCUCACCUGAUCAAAGAGCAUGGCUUGAAUGCCUCAACGGGCAUCAACAACAUCGGCAAUGCUUUCACUCCAUAUGGAAGCUGUGAUCCGCUGACCCUUGCCUGCAAUGGCGUCGGCAUCUACCAAGCCGGUACAAAAGAAGACGCCGAGCUGUUGUAUGAGUGCGUGAGCAGCAGAGCCAGGCAAGCGAUCGGUCUCGCGACGUCUUCCAGCGCUGGUACCACUGGCGGGAGUCUCGAAUUGAAGACUGGUGACGAAGCGAACCUCCUGCUCUUCGGCUCCGAGAAGGAAGACUGGCGGACACGGAGGAGCAUCUCGGAAGCGGUGUAUCUGUACGAUCACAUGCGCGGCCGGACUGGGUUCCUCAACGGCCGACCAACUUCCUGA